AUGACUCUCCCCGACGAAGCCCUCACCCUCACCGGCGGCUGCUCCUGCGGCGCCAUCCGCUACCGCGUCGAGAUUCCCCCAGCCGCCUCCCGUCCCCCCUCGCCCUUCGUUCCAGAGUCCGUCGGCACCAAGAUGCCCUACGCCCUGACAUGCCACUGCAACGACUGCCGCAUGGCCUCGGGCACCCUCCUCCCCGCCACCCUCAUGCAGAUCCCAGAGACCAUGAUCCGCGUCUCGGUCCUGCCCCGCACCGGCUCCGAGUCGUCCAACAUCAUCACCGGCCGCUUCCUCGACUGCACGUCCGAGGAUUUUGAUGCCGCCGCCGCUGACGCCGGCCGGCCCCCUUACCUCCCCGCCAGGGACGUGCUGCGCGCGACCCAGCCCCAGGACAGCGAGAGGACCUGGCUGCGCUUCUUCCACAGCCUCGACUGCGGGAGGUCGUUCUCGCGCAGCUUCUGCGGCCGCUGCGGGACCGAGGUCUGCUUCCACUACGCCCUGGCCGCCGAGUGGUGCCACGGGGGCGAGCUCCCGGAUGGGUGGUCUGACGUCUUCGAUAUCAAUACCGGGUCUCUGGACCGCAAGUUUGUGAGCCUGGACUGGCUGGCCCCCGACGUGGAAACCAAUUUCAAGCAUGGUUCGGCGUUGGGCAGAUCAGUGUCUGCCACUGGUAAGUGGCUGAAAGACACCGUCAAGAUGAAGGCUCUCGGUCCCGAAGAAGGGUUUGCAGAAGAGGAAGAGCUUGCUGAGUUGGCGAAGGCGAAGGAAGGCUAA